CGAAAGCUGGGCUCCCCUGCGGUCUGCGAGUUGGCACCCCCGAAGCAGCGACUGUCCUGUCUCCUGACGUAGGCUUCUUCCUACUGCCAUGUCUCAAGGGAUCCUUUCCCCGCCAGCAGGCUUGCUGUCCGACGAGGAUGUAGUGGUAUCUCCUAUGUUUGAGUCCACAGCUGCAGAUUUGGGGUCUGCAAUAAGCAAGAAACUAUUGUCAGACUUCUCUGUCAUUUCCACCUCCUUGGAAGACAAACAGCAGGUUCCAUGUGAAGACAGUACAGAGAAGGUGAAAGUAUACCUCCGAGUCAGGCCCUUGUUACCUUCAGAGUUAGAAAGACAGGAGGAUCAGGGCUGUGUCCGUAUUGAGAAUUUGGAGACCCUUGUUCUGCAAGCACCCAAAGAUUCAUUUGCUCUAAAGAGCAAUGAGCGGGGAAUCGGCCAAGCCACCCACAAAUUCACAUUUUCUCAGAUAUUUGGGCCAGAAGUGGGACAGGCAAACUUCUUCAACCUGACCGUGAAGGAGAUGGUAAAGGAUGUUCUCAAAGGACAGAACUGGCUCAUCUAUACAUACGGAGUUACCAACUCAGGGAAAACCCACACAAUUCAAGGUACUAUCAAGGAUGGAGGGAUCCUUCCCCGGUCACUGGCUCUGAUCUUCAGUAGCCUCCAGGGUCAACUUCAUUCAACACCUGAUCUAAAGCCAUUGCUCUCCAAUGAGGUAAUCUGGCUAGACAGCAAGCAAAUUCUACAGGAGGAAGUGAAAAAGAUGUCCCUGCUAAAUGGAGGCCUCCAAGAGGAGGAGCUAUCUACCUCCUUGAAGAAGAAUGUCUACAUUGAAAGUCGGAUGGGUACCAGCACCAGUUUUGAUAGCGGCAUUUCUGGGCUCUCCUCAAGCUGUCAGUUUACCAGCAGUAGCCAACUGGAUGAAACAAGUCAACGGUGGGCACAACCUGACACUGCUCCAGUUAGUGUGCCAAAAGACAUUCACUUCUCUAUCUGGAUCUCCUUCUUUGAGAUCUACAAUGAACUGCUAUAUGACCUGUUAGAACCACCUAGCCAGCAGCGUAAGAGGCAGACUCUACGACUGUGCGAGGAUCAAAACGGCAAUGCUUACGUAAAAGAUCUCAAUUGGAUUCAUGUUCGAGAUGCUGAAGAAGCUUGGAAACUCCUCAAAGUGGGUCGUAAGAACCAGAGCUUUGCCAGCACCCACCUGAAUCAGAACUCUAGCCGAAGUCACAGCAUCUUCUCAAUCCGAAUCCUGCACCUUCAGGGAGAGGGGGAUAUGGUCCCCAAAAUCAGCGAGUUGUCACUCUGUGAUCUGGCUGGCUCAGAACGCUGCAAAGAUCAAAAGAGUAGUGAGCGGCUAAAGGAAGCUGGGAACAUUAACACUUCUCUGCACACCCUGGGCCGUUGUAUUGCUGCCCUUCGCCAAAACCAGCAGAACCGGUCAAAGCAGAACCUGGUUCCUUUCCGUGAUAGCAAGUUGACUCGAGUGUUCCAAGGCUUCUUCACAGGUAGAGGCCGAUCUUGCAUGAUUGUCAAUAUCAAUCCCUGUGCGUCUACCUAUGACGAGACUCUACAUGUGGCCAAAUUCUCAGCCAUUGCUAGCCAGCUUGUGCAUGCCCCACCUCUGCAUCUGGGACUCCCAUCCCUACGUUCAUUCAUCAAAGAACACAGUCUUCAAGCAUCACCUGGCUUAGAAAAAGGGAAUAAGGCGGACCUAGGCCUUGAUGACCACAUUGAAAAUGAAGCUGACAUCUCUGUAUAUAGCAAGGAGGAGCUCCUACAGGUGGUAGAAGCUAUGAAAACAUUGCUUUUUAAAGAGCGACAGGAAAAGCUGCAGCUGGAAGUGCAGCUCCGUGAUGAAAUUUGUAAUGAGAUGGUGGAACAGAUGCGACAGCGGGAACAGUGGUGCAGUGAACAUUUGGAUGCCCAAAAGGAACUAUUAGAAGAAACAUAUGAAGAGAAACUAAAGAUCCUCAAGGAAUCACUAACAACUUUUUACCAAGAAGAGAUUCAAGAGCGAGAUGAAAAGAUUGAAGAGCUAGAAGCUCUCUUGCAAGAAACCAGACAGCAACCUGUGACUCAGCAACAACAGUCAGGACCUGAAUUGUCCCUUCGACGGUCACAGAGGUUGGCAGCUUCUGCCUCCACUCAGCAGCUCCAGGAAGCGAAAACUAAACUAGAACAAUGCAAAGCAGAGCUAAGCUCCACCACUGAAGAGCUGCAGAAGUACCAAAAAAUGUUAGAACCACCACCCUCUGCCAAGCCUUUCACAACUGAUGUGGACAAGAAGUUAGAGGAAGGCCAGAAGAACAUAAGGCUGCUGCGGUCAGAACUUCAGAAACUUGGCCAGUCUCUCCAAUCAGCAGAAAGAGCCUGUUGCCACAGCACUGGCGCAGAAAAACUUCGCCAAGCUUUUACCACUUGUGAUGACAUCUUAAUCAAACAGGACCAGACUCUGGCUGAGCUGCAAAAUAACAUGAUGCUGGUGAAACUGGACCUUCGGAAGAAGGCAGCAUGUAUUGCUGAGCAGUAUAAUACUGUCCUAAAGCUCCAAGGCCAGGCUUCUUCUGCCAAAAAGCGCCUUGGUGCCAACCAGGAAAAUCAGCAACCAGAUCAGCAACCACCAGGGAAGAAGCCAUUCCUUCGAAACUUACUUCCCCGCACACCCACCUGCCAAGGCUCAACAAACUGCAGUCCUUAUGCCAGGAUUUUGCGCUCAAGGCACACUCCUUUACUCAAAUCUGGGCCUUUUGGUAAAAAAUACUAAGGCCAUAGGGAGAGGACUACAGCCAUUGUCGACAUGGAACUCUAUCCAGAAUGUAUUACUCAGAUACUAUUUUCUCCCCUUUUAUAUUAUAAUCACCUAUGUAAUCUCAUGUUUUUUUUCACACAGUUUUUAUAGACACACAAAUAUAAAUAAAGAUAUUACUGUUCACAUUUUUAUUUGAAUUCCAAACUUAACAAAAGCAUUAAGACAACUUUAAAAAAAGGCAGAAAA